AUGAGAGAGAACUGCACAACGCUGUAUCCCAACGACAUAGUUGGCCGAAAGGUCAGCGAGUACUCGGACCAGCACUCGGUCCCGCUGCCCGAGGCUCUCGUCAAGUACCAUGAGUGGGUGUUGCGCAGUCAGGAGAACGCCAACUUCACCAUUUCCCUGCUCGAGGCGAGGCUGUUGUCGUGGAUGGCACGAAUGGUCAAUGCCAAGAGGGUCCUGGAGAUUGGCACAUUUGUAGGCUUCUCCGUCGCGACGUGGGCCCACGCCGUAGGUAAAGACGGCAGCGUCACCGGGCUCGAGAAGUCCCCCGAAUUUGCGCAGAUGGCCAGGGACCAGCUCAGCAGAUUUGGCUGGAACAACACCGAGGUUGUCACGUGUGACGCCUUGCACACUCUGGCCAGACUGGAGCCCUCGGAGCCGUAUGACAUCAUCUUCAUCGAUGCUCAGAAGUCGGGCUACCCGGCGUAUCUCAGGACCAUCCUCGACCGAUCUCAGCCGGGGCAGAUAAAGAGGUUGCUGCGUCCGGGCGGUUUGAUCAUUGGCGACAAUGCCCUCCGUUGCGGCCUGGUCGCAGACGAGUCGGACGACAAUCCUGCCACGAAGACGGUGCCUCGCCACACCAUCAACUGGGACUGGAACAACAUUGCCUUCUUGGACGAGUUCAACAAGAUGAUGCACAGUCACCCGCGUAUCGAGGCCAUGUUGCUUCCGGUUUUUGACGGGCUCGGCAUGGGCCGAUUGCUGGACUGA